AUGUCAAGCGUCAAAGAGGAGUCAAAGCCGGUUGUCAGCAAAGCCGGCAAGAAGAGAGUACAUCGGCGACAACGAGCGAAAGAACAAAGAACGGCGGACAGCGAUAGAAGCAACGAUGAAGAUGAGUCUGCGCGAGAGACUGCUGCCGGAAAGAAGCGACGUCAAAAUCCAAUGUUACAAACGGUAGACUAUAUAGCUGAUAUGCAGAAAAAGGGUGGCAAGAAUAUUUACCUUGUCAAAUGGUCAGGUUGUUCAUCUGAAGCGUCCACAUGGGUUUCUGGAAGACAGUUUAAAGCACCAGAAAAGCUUAAAUUUGCUCGAUUGAGGAAUGUCGCCCGCCGAGUGAUAAAGAAGCUCCUCAAUAAGCAAAAAGACUUCCCCCGGUUUUUCCUCCAGCUAAAAGAUGCAAAAUGGCGAUGGCUACUGCUUAAAAGGGAAUUCAACUGGAACACAAUUAUUGAUGGAAAGGCAGCCAAAAUUUUCAUCGAAAACUGGUCAGGCGAUUGGAAAGCGAUGCCUCGCUUUAAGUAUAUCACCAAAAAUCGCCACUCUGAGGAUGCUGUGAAAACUUUAAAGAAUAUUCGUCCGAACGAUCUUGGCUGCAACAAAGCUUGCGAAUGCAAGGGUGCAAUUAAUUGCUGUGCCUCGCAUCAUGUUGCACAAAGUUACAAAAGUGGAACAAAACCAAAGGCCAUCCGGAAACUCAACUCGGCAAACUCUAGUUGUGACGUAGUAGUUGAGUGUGGAGAGCAUUGCAAAUGUGAUCCCAUAAUGUGUCGUCAACGAGUGCUGCAGGAAGGGAGACAGAUACCGUUGGUGCUAUUUUGGGAAGGAAGGAAAGGCUGGGGUCUUCGCACAAUUUUCAAAAUUCCAAAGAAUGUUUUUGUCGGUGAAUACGUCGGAGAGGUGAUCACUUUUGCGGAAGCCAAACGCCGAAACAAACACACAAAAUACCAAUUCAGUCUUGCGACGGCAAUCACAAAGCUCGACAACAAAUUCCUGGUGAUCGACGCCACAAGCCUCGGAAAUGAAACCAGAUUCAUAAAUCAUUCGUGCAAUCCAAAUUUGGUAGCGAAACUUGUGAUCACGAAUAAAUAUUCCGAACACGAUUUUCGGAUCGGUCUCUACUCCAUGCGUGAUAUUGAGCCGGGCGAGGAACUCACCCUUAACUACUAUCCUACAACCGUUAAGCCAAAGAACUCAAAGAAAGGAAGGACCAAAUGUUGGUGCGAUGAAAAGAAGUGUCGUGGUUGGCUCCCUGCAGCAAGCGAGUACGACGAU